CCGGCGGACAAGCGCAGCUCAAACCAGUCAGAGGAUUCGUGGAGAUUUGUGAAGCGAUACAAAUGCACGUUAAAAGCGGACUGUGUUUCUUUACAUCUCCUCGCAAGAUUUAAAUUAAGAAAAGGACUCGUCCUGACGUCAUCCACACUGCUGUUGUUGCUGUGCGUCUGGGUCACCUUAAGUCAAAGCAGUCCGUUGAGGUGCUGUACCAAAUAUUCAUCACAUCCACUACCUUUUCUCCGACUGAAAGACUUUACUCUGCAGGAUACCACCAUGAUAUGCAACAUAGACGCUGUCAUUUUUACUACAGUGAAGAACAGACAGAUCUGUGCUAACCCUAAUGACCCAUGGGUUCAGAAAGCCAUUUCACAUAUCCAGAACACAAGAAAUUCAGUAUAAAGUGGACAGCAAUUAAUCUGUCUGUAAUUUUGAGUUGAACACACUGGACUCAAACUCAAACACCUUAAUAAAUCAGAUUGAUUAGAAUUUAUUUUUGUAAUUAAUAAAUGAUUUUGACAGCAAUGGGUUUUUCAUUUAUUCUUGCUGUUUUCUUUUUAAUUUGACUGAUGUUUCUUAGUUUGAAAAAUGUUAACAUGCGCUGCUCUAGCAUUACAACACAACAAAACCAAGCUGUUGUUUUACUCAUGUUUAACUCUUUAGACAGAUGUGACAAAAAAUUAUUUAGUUUAAAUUGAGUUCUAAACAAAAAUAUUAGAAAAUAUGCAUGAUAAUGUAAUCUCGCCAUUAAACAAAAUAACAGUACUUACAAUACCUCUGUCCUGCAACAUUCCUUCUGGCAUUCUUUUAUGUUCCCCAAAAUGUCAUGUUAUCUUGUUGAGAUAUUAAAAGUUAUUAAAAAGGCCAUAUCAUUAGAAAUCUAAUUUUUUUUAAAAGGGGUCAUUGUACUAUGAAAACAUACUGCAACGAAAAAAAAAAAAAAAACAUAUUAAAACUAAGGUUUAUAAUACAAGGAGAGUGCAACAGUAUGCUUGUAUUUCCAUUAAUGGCAUUUACCAUGUUAUGUUAUGUUAAGUUAUGUUAUGAGAGGUUAACAGAGCAAUGUUUUGAUAGUGCUACAUUGAAUAUAUACCCAGUGUUGAGUUGUAACAGAAUACAUGUAAUGGCGUAACGUAUUCAGAAUACAAAAAUUAAGUAAAUUCAGUCCACGUUAUAUUUUCAAGCACCUAUAUUCAGAAUACAAUUACUUUAGUACAAUUUUGUUAGAAUAUUUCUCUCAUAAUGAUUACAAGUCAGUAAGACAGUAAGAAAAAAAAAUCUUGUCAAUCAAGUGAGACAUUUUUAAAGUAGAGAAUUGUUUUUCUUAACAGUUUUUCUAAACAGUGCAGAUGUGUGCAGCACAUGUGUCCUCUCGCUCUCUCUUCCCCAGAUCAGCUGCAGCGUGUUUACAGUCUUGCCAGGGAUUCAUAACAAAUUGGGCUAAUUUGAAAUCACAAUAGUGGGUUAAAAUCAUAGAAUACAUUUUAGAAAGAGUAUUUAGUAUUCAUCCC